GCGAGAGAAGAGAGGGUUGGAGUCCGGGACAGCUGAUCUCGCAACGCAUUCGCGAGCACAAUGCACGCCCAUGCAUGCCGGACCUUGCGACAAGCUCGCCCGCUGGGCUCGAGCUUGUCGGUGCGAGGGAUGGCGACUGAGAAGCAGAUCAUGAUGCGGAUCAACGCAACGAAGAACAUAUCUAAGAUCACGCAGUCCAUGAAGAUGGUUUCGGCUGCCAAGCUUCGCGGGGACCAGGCGCGGCUUGACAAGGCACAACCUUUCAACGCAUGGACAGCGGAGCUCAACGAACCGCCCAUGGUGACAGAGGACGGUAUCGACACAUCCGGCUGGCCGCAGAAGAACCUUAUCGUGGCCAUCUCUUCUGACCGAGGCCUGUGCGGAGGUGUGAACUCGUUCGUGACUCGCGCCAUCAAGAAGAUGAUGAUCAGCACCAAGGAGCAGGGCAAGGAGACUACGCUUUUUGUGGUGGGAGAGAAGGGUCGCUCACAGCUGUCCCGCGUCCAUGCCGAUGAGAUGACGGCUGCUUGCACGGACGCGACGACGCCAAUGCAGUUCGGCAUGGCCACCGCCAUGGCCACGGAGGCCCUCAAGAACGACUUCGACACCAUGCACAUCGUGUUCAACGUGUUCAAGUCGGCUAUCGCAUACGACACUUCCAUCAAGAGCCUUCCUAACUUGGCCAAGGAGGGAGGAGAAGAGCAGAUGGUCGAGUACGAAUUCGAGCCUGACACGAAGGAGGAAGUCAUGCAGGACAUGUACGAGUACCUUGUGGCCUCGCAGAUGUGGCACAGCUUGAUGGAGAGUGCCACUUCGGAGCAGUCGUCUCGCAUGAACGCCAUGGAGAACGCGAGCAAGAACGCGGGAGAAAUGAUCGACAGCCUUACCCUCAUCUACAACCGUGCUCGUCAGUCGCGCAUCACUACCGAGCUCAUCGAAAUCAUCUCGGGGGCAUCGGCGCUCGAGGAGGCCAAGUAGAAAAUUAGGCUUCUGUUUGGCAUCCAUGGCGACUUGAGGGCUCAGUAGGGAAGGGGGCGAUGGGCGCAAGGGGGUGGGCGAGAGCUAUGGCUUGGCUUGUAUUGUGUUCCCAAACGGGGAAUACCCUCGUGCUCGUCGUGCUGCAAUUGGCAUAUAUGGAUGUGGCGGUACACAACUCACGGGUUGCGUUUCUGCGGAACGGGUUGUCGGAGGGUUCGCCUCAAAAGUAGUGGUGCGCAGGAAACGUUGUGGUGCAGCGGGAUAUGCAGGAAACGUGUCUUCGCGUUGAUUUGAUUGCGUAGUCUAAUUGCAUGCUUGGUUUGUCUCGUCGACGACGUCUUUUUUUACCUAAUGACUCUUGGGCAUCGGUGUCGGCUCCACAUUUGAUUUGGGGAAAGCUUGUUCUCUGCGUUGCUGCUGCUGUUCUGUACGCGAAGAUACCUUGCCCCUGAAGAAGUAAUAGGGAGGGCGAUGUGACCCAAGAAUGGGUGGGUACGUCAGCGUUCUCAUGCGAAUUCCUCUUGAACAUCUACCGCACAUCAUCUCGUACAUUUUGAAAAUGAGCAUGAGUCGUCUCAUCGGAAACUCUAUUUAGACUACUGUAUUCCGCGCGGAUU